AAGAAAAUACAAGAACGGAGGUUUAUUUAUACAACAUAGGGAAAACUUCACAGAAGAAAUGGCAAAUACAGCAGCAGGAGUACUCUUGACUUUACUCAUGUUCCUGAGUGCUAGUGUGCCAUGUCUUGCAUAUAACAGCGGGGAGUGCUACUUCAACACCAAAGGGAGCUGUGAAUACAUGGGAGUGGUGUACGGGAUCGGAGAGACCUGGGAAACCGGUGACUGUUACCAGUGUGUCUGCAUGGAGCCUUUCGGGGUCGGAUGCUGUGACCAGGCGGCUAAACCUGUGGACUAUCCAGACUGGUGUGAGAUCAUCCGUAAACCUGACUCUUGCACUAGUGUUGCAGUGAUGAGAGCCAAUCAUAAACUACCGUGUCUCUGGGGACGUGGACGUCUCAGACCAGCUGCAGGUCGACCGUGGAAAUCAGACAAUGAUCCUUUAUUUUGA